UCCUGUGAGCAGAAUAUAUUACCACGUCCGUGGAACGGGUCAAAUCGUUCUAGAGUCGAUCUCUCUUUUUGGAACCCGGCGUUUAUCUUUUCUUUUCCCCCUUCUUCCCACAAUCUCGAGAUAUGAAUGGAGCUUGCUUCGAUUCUGACAUCUCAUUCGCUUCCAUUUUGACGUCUUGCCUUGUCUAGGUGGUGUUCCAGCCCCUUUUUCGUCAAUCUCAACCUAAGCUAAUGUCUGGUUUGCGUCCGUGGUGAUCGCCAUGGACGGAGCAACUAUUCAUGCGCUGUAUGGGACGGCCGACAACUCGGGCGAGCCGCAGCCCUUGAUGAACAAGCCCUCUACUAUUCUGGGCGUUGUCAUCGCCUUUGCGAUUAUCUCAUGGAUGUGUGUCGCCUUCCGGAUGUACGUACGGGCCAAAUUGGUCCAGUCAUUAGGGUGGGAUGAUUGCUUCGUGAUAAUGUCGUUGUUGACCACAACGACUGGAUCCGUGGGAAUCUGCGUUGCUACCAAGUAUGGAAUGGGAAGACAUAUCUAUACCCUCUCUGCGAUAGAGAUCCAAAACUACCUCCGAACCUUCUAUGUCGCAAACGCAUCCUACCAAAUGUCAACCGCCUUUAUCAAAAUCUCUCUCCUAUUUCAGUACCUCCGCAUAUUCGACCGACCAUCCUUCAUACGAUCACUCUGCAUCUACCUGAUUGUCUUCAUCGGCCUAUGGGCCACCGCCUACUCGUUCUUGGGAUGGGUCCCCUGCGUGCCGGUUGCGGCGUACUGGAACUGGCUCAUCCCGGCCAAGCGCUGGGCUUACGGCUCGCUCAACUCCGACAUUUUCUCGGGAACGUACGAGAGCCAUUCUUCAGUCAACUUCGUACUGGAUGUUCUCGUCCUCGCUAUCCCGGUUCCCCUCUACUUCAGACCUCAGCAGUCGCUUAGGUCGAAGUUGAGACUGCUUGCGCUGCUGGUCAUUGGCAUUGCAGUCAACGGCGUCUCUGUCGUCCGAGUAUACUCCCUUAUCCAGCAUCGAUCUGCCACGCGCCCGACCCUGGACCCGAUGUGGUACGGCCCCCUCAGCAUCGUUCUAUCCGCCGUCGAAGUCGACCUGGCCAUGAUAGCCAGUAGCGUCCCGAUAUUCUGGCCCGAAUUGCGGCAGCGAUUCCCCGGUAUCUUUGUCACCAAGGAGGUCGAGGUCACGAGGGAGGUCCGGAGACUGGAGAGCGUGGAACUCGAGGACGACAUGGAGAUGGAGCCGGAUCGGCGGUCGCGGGUCGGCAGCGAAGCGAGUCUUCGGCAAGAGAACGUGAAUCAGGGCGGAGGGGCGGGCGGGCGAUACAUGGACGAAUUCAUCGCGAACCAGGUUGAUCCACUGAGGAAGGCCAAGAGUACGGUGACCGAGGUUAAGGCCGGUGAGGAGGUUCAGGGGAGCUGGUGGCAGAAGGGUCGGUUUGGGUGAUGAACGUGAGGGGACUGCAGGCUUUGCUCAUGGCAGAUUGGUUACACACCAGCUUGUUCGGAAUGAAAACAGUAACAUCCACAGGGACUUCUCUGGUCCAGAGCAGAUCCACCGCUGGCGG